AUGAAGCCAUCAGUGUUGCUGCUGCUGGUCUUGCCGGCUCUGUCCUCAGCUGGUCCUCUGGACAUCAGGAGCAACACAGAGCAGAGAAAUGUUGAUGUCAGCAUGCUGCACAGACCACGCCUGAGCUUUGCUAAUAAUUUCCACCUGAGGAACGAACUGUCUAAAUGUCUGAAUGACACCGACUACGAGGAGCUCAUGCACACCAUUCAGAACGGCCUCCUGCGAACGAAAACACCUCAAAAUGUUGUUGUUGUCGGAGCUGGAAUGGCUGGACUGACAGCGGCCAUGCUGCUGCAAGACGCAGGACACAAGGUAACCAUAUUAGAGGUUAGUGGUCGUGUUGGAGGACGGGUGCAGACCUACAGGAAUGAAAAAGAGGGAUGGUAUGCUGAGUUUGGAGCCAUGAGGAUCCCAAGUUUUCAACACAUCACCCUGUGGAUGAUUGAAAAGAUGGGGCUAAAACUGAAGGAUUUCAUCAUGUAUGACCCAAACACGUUUUACUUUGUUAAUGGAUUGCGGGAGAGGACAAGUACAGCGGAAGCACAGCCCGACCUUCUCAAGUACAACGUGCGGAUAAAUGAGAAAGGAAUGACGGCCUACCAGCUGCUACAACGAGGGUUGGAUAAGGUGAGAGCUGAUGUGAAAGCUUUGGGCUGCUUUGCUGCGCUGAGAAAAUACGACCAUUAUUCUCUAAAGGAAUAUCUAAAAGAAGAAGCAGGUCUGAGUUCAGAGGCAAUCAGGAUGAUUGGAGACCUGCUCAAUGAAAAGAGCAUUAUGUUCACAGCAGUGUCUGAGAUGCUCUAUGAACAGAGUGACAUCAAUGACAUGGUCCAGUACAAGGAGGUGGUUGGUGGGAUGGACCUUUUCCCCACAGCUUUUCUUCCUUUUCUCAGCGACACCGAUAUUCUUCUCAACUCCAAAGUCAAGCACAUCAGUCACUCAGAUAGCGGCGUCAUCGUAUCAUACCAGACGGGCCAACAGUCGUCUUUGACUGACCUUUUCGCCGACGCUGUCCUAGUAACAACCACAGCCAAAGCAGCCCUUUACAUCGACUUUGUUCCACCUUUCCCCAUCAAGAAGCUGGAGGCACUGAGGGGGGUCCACUACGACAGCUCCACGAAAAUCAUCCUUACCUUCAGCGAGAAGUUCUGGGAGAGGGACGGCAUCCGAGGAGGAAAGAGCAUCACAGACGGGCCGUCUCGUUUCAUCUACUACCCCAGCCACAGUUUUCCAGCAAACGAGUCCAUCGGCGUCCUCCUGGCUUCUUACACCUGGUCUGAUGAAUCCCUCCUCUUCUUAGGCGUGAGCGACGAGGACCUGAAAGAGCUCACGCUGAGAGAUCUGGUGAAGAUCCACGGCGAACACGUCAGGUCUCUCUGCACAGGGGUGGUGGUGAAGAGGUGGGCCGCUGAUCCUCACAGCUUGGGCGCCUUCGCUCUCUUCACCCCCUACCAAAGUUCAGAGUAUGCCAAAGAGCUAUUCAGAAAUGAAGGCAGGGUGCACUUUGCCGGUGAGCACACGGCCCUACCUCAUGCAUGGAUUGAGUCGUCGAUCAAAUCUGCAAUCAGGGCCGCCACCUGCAUUAACAAUCAGUUAGCUAUGCAUCAUCAUUUUGGCAGGGGUCUUUAA